AUGGCCCUGGUUGGUGGUUCGGUCUUAGGUCCAAUUGUAGGUGGUACUAUUGUUGAUAGCUAUCUUGGGUGGAGAUGGACGGAAUUCACUGGUAUUCUCCAGGUACUGAUGCUAGCAUUGGAUGUUAUAUUCCUCGACGAGACGUAUCCUCCAGCCCUGCUGGUUCACAAGGCUCGCCGACUACGGAUUACAACCGGAAACAGGGCUCUACACGCCCACCAUAAAGAGACCGAUUACAGGUUUAAGGACAUGACAGAUAAAUACUUAUUUCGGCUAUUCCGUCUCUUGGUAACACCCAUUUGCUUCUUCGUCGCACUCUACGCACUCCGUUCGGCCCUUAAUUAUCUGGUUGACACUUUCACCUGGUUCUCUGCAAGUGCAGUUGCCGUCAAUAUCUUCCUGCGCUGUAUUUUCAGUGGCACGUUUCCACUUUUUGCUACUAUCUUGUAUCAUUGCAUGGGAGUUCCCUGGGGACCGAGCUUGCUUGGGUUUGUGGCAACUGCUCUCAUUCCAAUCCCAUUUGUGUUAUAUGUCUACGGGCCUGGUAUUCGAGUACGCGGCAAAUGGUCCCAGGCGUCUGUUCACGGGCACUGA